AUGGCGACGCUGGAGUUUGGCUACUGGAAAAUUCGCGGCCUCGGUGCCGUCUGUCGUAUGAUUCUGGAGUACAAGGAAGUUCAAUUCGAAGACAAGCAAUAUGCGGAUGGAGACGCCUGGUUUAAGGGUAGGAAGCCUGAGCUGCUUGCCAAGAAUCCUCUGGCAAACCUUCCUUACCUUGUUGAUGGCGACAAGGUCGUUUGCCAAACGAACUCCAUCAUGAACUACCUGGGCGAGAAGUUCAAAAUGUGCGGGACAGACGAGGAAGCGAAGCUCAAGAACAACCAGCUCCUGUGCGAGAUCUACGAUGUUCGCAACGGAAUGAUCGACUUGGUCUAUCCCUUCAAGCAAGUUACUCGUAACAAGGAGGAGUUUGAGGCUCUUGCAAUCAAGAAAGUGGAGGACCCUCCUUUCGCCAAGUUCGAGGCCUGGCUCAACUUCUACAAGACCGACUUCUUCUGCGGGGCUGAGCCCGUCACCUGCGAUUUCCACAUCUGGGAGAUGUUGGACCAACACGAGAUGUUGGCGAAGAAGAUGGGUAAGCCCUCCAUCCUCGACAAGUUCCCCAAGUGCCAUGAGUUCUACAAGCGUUUCCGUGCUCUUCCUACCCUCCAGAAGUAUUUUGCCAGCGAUUCCUACAAGCUUGAUGUCAACAAUCAGCUUGGAGGAGCUUGGUUCUACUAGAGGGUCUCCUCAAAUCAUUCUAUUGUUC